AUGGGGCUCUGCCAGGAAUUCAGCUACUGUACCGGCCAGCACAUCUCUCGUCCGGUCCAGCCCAUCUUUUUGAAUCGGGCCACGCUCGUUGGCGGUUGUUGGUGUGCGGCACUGUCGGACGUCACACAGCCAGCGGACGUCGAGCCGGCCCAGCAAGCUUUUCGCAUCACACCGAAGGACAUCGAAGCCGUCCAGGGCGAUGAGGUGGUGAUGCGCUGCGAGGUCGAGCAUCUCGCCGGCUGGGUCCAGUGGACGAAGGACGGCUUUGCGCUCGGUUUCGGCAACGAGAUCGUCGGCUUCCCGCGGUUCUCCCUCAACCAGAACCACAGCGACGGGGUCUACAAUCUGCGCAUCACCAAUACCUCGUACGACGACGCGGCCCAGUACCAGUGCCAGGUCGGGCCGGCCCAGCACAACCUGCCGAUCCGUGCCCAGGCCAAGCUGACCGUGCUCGCUCCACCCAAAGGCUACCAUGACCAACAUUAA